AUGGAGUUCAAAUUGAUCAUGUUUCCGACUCCAUCGCCAUAUUCCACGUCAGAGAUGACUGCGGUAAAUUCGUCCGGAGCAUCGUACCAUCACCAAACGCCGUCGGUAACUGGAGCCACGGGCAGCAAUUCAAGCAGCACCACGACACCCGUUUACGUGCCAUCGAGUCGCGUGUUGCCACAUUCCGUGCAAUACAACAAUUUCCAUGCCAGCCAAAAUGGCUGGGGCGACUUUACGACAUCCCAUUCACAAAUUAGUCCGCAAUUUGCGUACGCGCAAAACAUGAUGAUGGGCAGCUGGAGAUCCGCAUACGAUCCAACGGGAUUCCAGAGAACCAGUCCGUAUGACACAUCGCUCGACUUCCAGUUCGGGGAGGGACGUGAAUGCGUGAAUUGCGGAGCCAUUUCGACGCCAUUGUGGAGACGCGACGGCACCGGACACUAUUUGUGUAAUGCCUGUGGCCUCUAUCACAAGAUGAAUGGUAUGAAUAGACCGUUAAUAAAACCAAGUAAAAGACUGACAGCGACCCGUCGUCUGGGAUUGUGCUGCACGAAUUGCGGGACACGUACAACCACGUUGUGGCGCCGCAACAACGAGGGCGAGCCCGUUUGCAAUGCCUGCGGACUGUACUUUAAGCUGCAUGGCGUGAAUCGACCGCUGGCCAUGCGCAAAGAUGGCAUCCAGACGCGAAAACGAAAGCCCAAGAAGAGUGGAACAAGUGCCGCAGACAUUCUCGGAUUAACGAAAAAGGAUGAUUUAGACAUCAAACCUUCCUUGUCCAUGGACCGAAAUGGCAAUACAAAGCAUUUGUCGUCCCCUUUGAGCGCCAAAUCGAUGCUUAGCUCCCCGAAUGGCCGUUCACAUUCCCACUUGACAUCACAUUUGCAUCACGGCUACAACCUGCCUACCUCACUGUCGCAACAUUCCACCGCCUCGCAGCACUCCACACCCAACAAAUACGACUUGUCGUCAUCCUCUGUCACGCCAUCCACACCGCACAGCAUCCAUACACCCACAUCGACAAUCUCCUCGUCGUCUGGCACAUCGUCGUCAGCCGGCCACCACAACACCAGCAACAACUCCUCGUAUUUGCAUAACAACAACUCGUUUGGCACUGUCAAGUCCGAGUCGCCUGUGAUGCCUGCACCCAACUACGACUACAUGAAUAACUGCUUGCAAAGUGGCUAUUUCGGCAGCACAUUCGGACAUGCAUUGGGCGCGACGCCACAUCAUCAUCCCGCUGCCGAGUUGGCCGGUUAUCAUCAUCAGCAUAAUGUGAUACAGGCAGCAAAGUUAAUGGCAUCUUCUUAA